GGGUGUGCUUCUGAACUACUCCUCCCUGCACAGCUCUUUCAGUAUGCAUAUCACAUCUCCCUGCUUGUAGCAGGCUGAUGAGUGUGUGCAGUUAGUGCAGGCACACACAUACUUCUGCGCUUUCCCUGAAAGUGGAGCAUUAGCAACUGCAGUCAAAAAGCACCCUUGCUUCUUCAGCUCUGAUCCUAGCAGCAACUGUCUGAUUCUGUCUGGAGGAACUGGGAGACAGCACUGGAGGCAAGUUUAAAACGGACCUAGUGACACCCGGCUGUCACAUCUGGCUUCAUGAAUCUACUUAUUACCAGUACACUUACAAUUACUUUCCCAGUCCCAUUGGUAGUGUAUGUUCUUGAGGACUGCCUGGCUGGGAAGGAAGGAGCACAGUGCUGAAGGCUCCAGCUGCUGUUAAGAAAACUGGCCUUAAAAUAUUACUGAUGGAUUGGAUACUGAAGUUCUCCAGACAACAUUAAUCUAUUGAUGACUCUCAGGUGAAGAUGUGAUUGAUGCAGUUACAGACACUGGUGUCAUAGGACGUUUGCUAGAUUUUCACUGGAUUUGUUCAGACAUCCCACUGCUGUUAAUAAGGUUGGAUAUAUCUCUUGGCUCAAAGAAAUGGUUUGUUCUCUGUUCCUGAGAUACUGGUGAAAGGCUGUAAUUAAGGACCCUGGUAACAGUAUAUGGAUUCUAUUGGAGAUAAAGUAUCAUACAAGAAGAGGAUGAAAUAUCUACUCUAGCAAACAGCUUUGCUGAUCAAGUGGCUAAACUUGGACAAUGGGCUCCUGCCUACAUAAGUGCACAGCUGGGAUAAAACCACUGAUUCUGGGAGACGUGCUCUAUUGUGAGUGAGAAACUAAUCUGGUCUGUGAUACACAAAUUUUAAUGGAGCAUAAGCAGGGGAAGAGCAUGCAAUGAGAAUGGUUGGACCAUUGCAGUGGCACUCUGAUUUUUGUGGAUCGUGAACAGAAAAGGGGAUUGAGAAGACACCAUCCGAGUUAUUCUGGCACAUGACUUGAGUGCUUUCUAUUCUUAGACAAAUGAGGAGAUGAAAUAUGUAGACUGAGAAUAACACAUGUCCAGGUUAAAACUGCAUUCUACAAGAAGUAUUUGAUGGAUUAUUCCUAGACAUUUCUAAGAAGGUAAACACAAAAAAUUAUUCCAUUCUGAUCGCUACACGGGCAUCAUUAUUUUAAUGUUGAUUACUCAGACAAGAGUGCCAUGGAUGUAAAAGAAAGGAAACCGUAUCGAUCUCUGACUCGGCGCCGCGACACGGAGCGCCGCUACACCAGCUCUUCAGCAGAGAGUGAGGACAGCAAGGCUCCUCAGAAGUCCUAUAGCUCCAGUGAGACCCUGAAGGCUUAUGAUCAAGACUCCAGGUUGACCUACAGCAACCGGGUCAAAGACAUGGUGCACCAGGAGGCCGACGAAUUCUGCCGAGCAGGAGCCAACUUCUCUUUGCGGGAGCUGGGUCUGGAAGAUGUGACGCCCACCCAUGGGACUUUGUACCGGACUGAUAUUGGGCUGCCUCACUGCGGCUACUCCAUCAGCACUGGCUCAGAUGCCGACACGGAGGCAGAUGUCGUCAUGUCACCUGAGCACCCCGUGAGGCUCUGGGGACGCAAUACCAAAUCUGGACGCAGCUCCUGCUUGUCGAGCCGGGCCAACUCCAACCUCACCCUCACUGACACGGAGCAUGAGAAUACCGAAACUGGUCCUCCCCUGCGCUGUUCGUCUGCCUCCUCCACACCCCCCGAGCAAACCCCUUCCCCCUCCCCUACGCCGCCGGCCAAUGAUGGCGCGGGGCGGUUGCUGGGAAACGGAGCGGCCCAGCCGCCCGCGGACUCUGACUCUGAGGAAGAGUUUGUCCCUAACUCAUUCUUAGUUCAAAGCAGCUCUGGAAACCUCUGUGUCGCCGCUAACGAUCAUCCUCCAAAUCUUCAAAAUCAUUCAAGACUCCGAACUCCACCACCACCAAUAUCACAUGCUCACACCCCAAACCAACAUCACGCAGCCUCCAUCAAUUCCCUGAACAGAGGGAACUUCACUCCGCGCAGCAACCCAAGCCCAGCUCCCACAGACCACUCUCUGUCGGGGGAACAACCAGCCAGCACUCAAGAACCAGCCCACGCUCAGGACAACUGGUUACUGAACAGCAACAUCCCGCUGGAAACCAGAAACAUAGCAAAGCAGACAUUCCUAGAGACAUUGCAGGACAACCUCAUUGAGAUGGACAUUCUCACCUCCUCCCGACAUGACGGUGCUUACAAUGAUGGGCACUUCCUGUUUAAACCUGGAGGCACUUCUCCCCUUUUUUGUACAACGUCGCCGGGAUAUCCCUUGACGUCCAGCACUGUGUACUCACCUCCCCCUAGGCCCCUUCCCAGAAGUACCUUCUCUAGGCCUGCCUUUAACCUGAAGAAACCCUAUAAGUACUGUAACUGGAAAUGUGCUGCCCUGAGUGCCAUUGUCAUCUCGGUCACACUGGUGAUCCUGCUGGCAUAUUUCAUAGCCAUGCACCUGUUUGGCCUAAACUGGCACCUGCAGCCGAUGGAAGGGCAGAUGUAUGAAAUCACGGAAGACACAGCCAGCAGUUGGCCAAUGCCAACGGACGUCUCCUUAUAUCCUUCGGGGGGCACAGGGUUAGAGUUACCUGACAGGAAAGGCAAAGGAACCAGUGAAGGAAAGCCCAGUAGUUUCUUUCCAGACGACAGUUUUAUAGACUCUGGAGAAAUUGAUGUUGGCAGACGAGCCACACAGAAGAUCCCUCCUGGUAUCUUUUGGAGAUCUCAGGUGUUCAUCGACCACCCAGUGCAUCUGAAAUUCAAUGUGUCUUUAGGAAAGGCUGCUCUGGUUGGCAUCUAUGGCAGAAAAGGCCUUCCACCAUCACAUACACAGUUUGACUUUGUCGAGCUCCUCGAUGGAAGACGCCUUCUGACCCAGGAGGCAAGAGGUUUGGAGGGACCUCAGCGGCAACACAGAACCUUUGUGCCCUUGUCCAGCCACGAGACAGGGUUUAUCCAGUACUUGGAUUCAGGCAUAUGGCAUUUGGCCUUCUACAAUGAUGGCAAGGAGUCGGAGGUGGUUUCUUUCCUUACCACUGCCAUUGAAUCAGUGGAUAAUUGUCCUAGUAAUUGCUAUGGGAAUGGAGACUGCAUAUCUGGGACUUGCCAUUGCUUCCUUGGCUUUCUGGGCCCUGACUGUGGUAGAGCGUCCUGCCCGGUGCUGUGCAGUGGGAAUGGGCAGUACAUGAAAGGGAGGUGCUUAUGCCACAGUGGUUGGAAAGGAGCAGAAUGUGACGUCCCAACCAACCAGUGCAUCGAUGUCACCUGCAGUAACCAUGGGACGUGCAUCAUGGGGACCUGCAUCUGCAACCCAGGGUACAAGGGCGAGAGCUGUGAAGAAGUGGAUUGCAUGGAUCCUACCUGCUCGGGACGAGGAGUGUGUGUGCGCGGAGAGUGCCACUGUUCUGUUGGCUGGGGAGGAACCAACUGCGAGACCCCAAGAGCCACGUGUCUGGACCAGUGCUCUGGUCAUGGGACCUUCCUUCCCGAUACCGGCCUCUGCAGCUGCGAUCCCAACUGGACUGGCCACGAUUGUUCAAUCGAGAUUUGUGCAGCAGACUGCGGAGGACACGGAGUUUGCGUCGGAGGCACCUGCCGCUGCGAGGAGGGCUGGAUGGGCACAGCCUGUGAUCAGCGAGCGUGUCACCCACGCUGCAAUGAACACGGGACAUGCCGGGAUGGCAAGUGUGAAUGCAGCCCAGGCUGGAACGGAGAGCACUGCACUAUUGCUCACUAUCUGGAUAAGGUAGUGAAAGAGGGAUGCCCUGGCUUGUGCAAUGGGAAUGGCAGAUGCACUCUGGACAUGAACGGUUGGCACUGCGUCUGCCAGCUGGGCUGGAGAGGAGCGGGCUGUGAUACGUCCAUGGAGACGGCGUGCGGCGACGGGAAGGACAACGAUGGAGAUGGACUGGUGGAUUGCAUGGACCCAGACUGCUGCUUGCAGCCCCUGUGCCAUGUCAACGCACUGUGCCUGGGCUCCCCGGACCCCCUAGAUAUUAUCCAGGAGACACAAGCACCCAUCUCCCAGCAGAGCUUGCAUUCGUUCUACGAUCGGAUCAAGUUCCUGAUUGGCAAAGACAGCACUCACAUCAUCCCAGGAGACAAUCCCUUCGAAGGAGGACAUGCAUGCGUGAUUCGAGGCCAGGUGAUGACAGUGGAUGGAACCCCCCUGGUUGGAGUCAACAUCAGUUUUGUCAACAAUCCUCUUUUUGGAUACACGAUCAGCAGACAAGAUGGCAGCUUUGAUCUCGUUACCAUUGGUGGGAUCUCCAUUAUCCUGCACUUUGAGCGGGCUCCCUUCAUCACCCAAGAGCACACGCUGUGGUUGCCGUGGGAUCGUUUCUUUGUCAUGGAGACCAUCGUCAUGAGACACGAAGAGAACGAGAUCCCGAGCUGUGACCUCAGUAACUUUGCUCGACCCAACCCUGUGGUCUCACCAUCUCCACUGACGGCUUUUGCAAGUUCCUGCUCGGAGAAAGGUCCUAUCGUUCCCGAAAUCCAGGCUCUACAAGAGGAGAUUAACGUUUCCGGUAGUAAAAUAAAAGUGAGUUACCUGAGCAGUCGCACGGCUGGCUACAAAUCAGUCCUGAGGAUCAGCAUGACCCACCCCACCAUCCCCUUCAACCUCAUGAAGGUCCACCUCAUGGUGGCCGUCGAGGGACGCCUCUUCAGAAAGUGGUUUGCAGCUGCUCCAGACCUGUCCUAUUAUUUCAUCUGGGAUAAGACAGAUGUCUACAGCCAAAAGGUGUAUGGGCUUUCAGAAGCCUUUGUUUCCGUGGGUUAUGAGUAUGAGUCAUGUCCUGACUUGAUCCUGUGGGAGAAGAGGACGGCUGUGCUUCAAGGUUAUGAAAUUGAUGCUUCCAAGCUUGGAGGAUGGUCCCUGGACAAACACCAUGCCCUCAACAUACAAAGUGGUAUCUUGCAUAAAGGAAAUGGAGAAAACCAGUUUAUUUCCCAGCAGCCGCCUGUAAUUGGAAGCAUUAUGGGCAAUGGCCGUAGACGUAGCAUUUCUUGUCCAAGCUGCAAUGGUCUUGCAGAUGGGAACAAACUCCUGGCUCCUGUUGCCCUAACAUGUGGAUCUGAUGGAAGUCUUUAUGUCGGAGAUUUCAACUACAUCCGAAGAAUCUUUCCCUCUGGCAAUGUCACCAACAUACUGGAACUAAGAAAUAAAGAUUUCAGACAUAGCCACAGCCCAGCUCAUAAGUAUUACUUGACCACAGAUCCAAUCACCGGCUCCAUCUACCUCUCUGACACCAACAGCCGACGUAUCUACAAAAUCAAGUCAACCACCUCAGUGAAAGACAUUGUGAAGAAUUCAGAGGUCUUGGCUGGAACUGGAGACCAGUGCCUCCCAUUUGAUGAUACCCGCUGUGGGGAUGGAGGCAAAGGCACCGAUGCUACUCUUACAAAUCCCAGGGGCAUCACCGUAGACAAGUUUGGACUUAUUUACUUUGUAGAUGGCACUAUGAUCAGGAGGAUCGAUCAGAAUGGGAUCAUCUCAACAGUAUUGGGUUCCAAUGACUUGACAUCUGCUCGACCUCUCAGCUGUGACUCUGUCAUGGACAUUUCUCAGGUUCGUCUUGAGUGGCCCACGGAUCUGGCAGUUAACCCGAUGGAUAAUUCUCUGUAUGUGCUAGACAACAACGUUGUGUUACAGAUUUCUGAGAACCACCAAGUGCGCAUAGUGGCAGGGAGGCCCAUGCACUGCCAGGUCCCAGGGAUGGACCACUUUCUCCUUAGCAAGGUGGCAAUACACGCCACCCUGGAAUCUGCUACUGCCCUGGCUGUCUCACAUAAUGGGGUCCUAUAUAUUGCUGAAACUGAUGAGAAGAAGAUCAACCGCAUCAGGCAGGUUACCACCAAUGGAGAGAUUUCUCUCGUUGCCGGUGCACCAAGCAGCUGUGACUGCAAGAAUGAUGCUAACUGUGACUGCUUCUCGGGGGAUGAUGGCUACGCCAAGGAUGCCAAACUGAAUGCUCCAUCCUCCCUUGCAGUGUGUGCAGAUGGAGAGCUGUACGUUGCUGAUCUUGGAAAUAUCCGAAUACGCUUUAUAAGGAAAAACAAACCAUUCCUCAACACUCAAAAUAUGUAUGAGUUAUCCUCACCCAUAGAUCAGGAACUCUACUUGUUUGACACCAGCGGUAAGCACCUGUAUACUCAGAGCCUUACCACUGGAGAUUAUCUUUACAAUUUUACUUAUUCUGGAGAUGGAGAUAUAACCCUGAUCACUGACAACAAUGGCAACUUAGUCAAUAUCCGAAGAGAUUCCACGGGGAUGCCCCUCUGGUUGGUCGUGCCCGAUGGCCAAGUCUACUGGGUGACAAUUGGUACCAACAGCGCACUCAAGAGUGUAACCACACAGGGUCAUGAAGUGGCCAUGAUGACUUACCAUGGCAACUCAGGUCUGCUUGCCACCAAAAGUAAUGAAAAUGGCUGGACAACUUUUUACGAGUACGACAGCUUCGGCCGCCUGACCAACGUCACCUUCCCCACUGGCCAAGUGAGCAGCUUCCGCAGCGACACUGACAGCUCUGUACAUGUCCAGGUGGAAACCUCCAGCAAGGAUGAUGUUACAAUAACAACCAAUUUGUCAGCAUCAGGAGCCUUCUACACCCUGCUCCAAGACCAAGUCCGAAACAGCUACUACAUUGGUGCUGACGGCUCUCUCAGACUGAUGCUGGCCAAUGGCAUGGAGGUGGCCCUGCAGACUGAGCCACAUCUGCUGGCUGGCACCGUCAACCCCACCGUGGGCAAGAGGAAUGUCACCCUGCCCAUCGACAAUGGCCUCAACCUUGUGGAGUGGAGGCAGAGGAAGGAGCAAGCAAGGGGGCAGGUCACUGUCUUUGGACGUCGCCUGAGGGUUCACAAUAGAAACCUGCUGUCCCUGGACUUCGAUCGCGUGACGAGAACAGAGAAAAUCUAUGAUGAUCACCGCAAGUUCACGCUCCGCAUCCUCUAUGACCAGGCAGGGAGGCCCAGCCUCUGGUCACCCAGCAGCAGACUCAAUGGAGUCAAUGUGACCUAUUCCCCUGGAGGACACAUUGCAGGAAUUCAGAGGGGCACAAUGUCAGAAAGGAUGGAGUACGAUCAGUCUGGCAGAAUUACAUCCAGGAUCUUUGCUGAUGGCAAAUCAUGGAGCUACACUUACCUGGAGAAGUCCAUGGUGCUGCUCCUUCACAGCCAGAGACAGUACAUCUUUGAGUUUGAUAAGAAUGACAGGUUGUCAUCAGUGACCAUGCCCAACGUUGCCCGGCAGACUUUAGAAACCAUCCGUUCCAUUGGUUACUACAGGAACAUCUAUCGACCCCCAGAAGGGAAUGCCUCAGUUAUUCAGGAUUUCACAGAGGAUGAGCAGCUUCUCCACACACUGUACUUGGGGACAGGGAGACGUGUCAUCUACAAGUAUGGAAAGUUGUCCAAGUUAGCUGAGAUGCUCUAUGACACCACAAAGAUCAGUUUCACCUAUGAUGAAACUGCUGGCAUGCUGAAGACAAUAAACUUGCAGAAUGAAGGGUUCACGUGUACCAUCAGAUACAGGCAGAUAGGACCCCUCAUUGAUCGACAGAUUUUCCGCUUCACUGAGGAAGGCAUGGUGAAUGCACGUUUUGACUAUAAUUAUGACAACAGUUUUCGGGUGACCAGCAUGCAAGCAGUCAUCAAUGAGACACCUUUACCCAUCGAUCUCUACAGGUAUGAUGAUGUGUCAGGCAAAACUGAGCAAUUUGGUAAAUUUGGAGUGAUUUACUACGACAUCAACCAGAUUAUCACCACUGCGGUCAUGACUCACACUAAACAUUUUGAUGCCUAUGGCAGGAUGAAAGAGGUCCAGUACGAGAUAUUCCGGUCGCUCAUGUACUGGAUGACUGUGCAGUAUGACAACAUGGGGAGAGUUGUUAAGAAAGAGCUAAAGGUUGGACCUUAUGCAAACACAACUAGGUACUCAUACGAGUAUGAUGCUGAUGGCCAGUUGCAGACAGUGUCUAUCAAUGACAAACCACUCUGGCGUUACAGCUAUGACCUAAAUGGGAACCUCCAUUUGUUGAGUCCGGGGAACAGUGCCCGCCUUACUCCCCUCAGAUAUGACCUCAGGGAUAGGAUUACUAGACUGGGGGAUGUGCAGUACAAAAUGGAUGAAGAUGGCUUCCUGAAGCAAAGAGGCAAUGAGAUUUUUGAGUACAACUCAGCUGGUCUGCUCAUCAAAGCCUACAACAAAGCCAGUGGCUGGAGUGUGAAGUACCGCUACGACGGCCUAGGAAGGAGAGUCUCUAGCAAAACCAGCCAUGGCCAUCACUUGCAGUUCUUCUAUGCAGACCUGACCAACCCAACCAAGGUCACCCAUCUGUACAACCACUCAAGCUCAGAGAUCACCUCCUUGUAUUAUGAUCUCCAAGGCCACCUGUUUGCAAUGGAGCUCAGCAGUGGCGAUGAAUUUUACAUAGCCUGUGAUAACAUUGGCACUCCUCUGGCUGUCUUCAGUGGGACUGGCUUAAUGAUUAAGCAGAUACUAUAUACAGCUUAUGGGGAGAUCUAUAUGGACACCAAUCCCAACUUCCAGAUCAUCAUUGGCUACCAUGGAGGAUUGUAUGAUCCCCUCACAAAGCUCAUCCACAUGGGACGGAGAGACUAUGAUGUGCUGGCAGGUCGAUGGACAAGUCCAGACCAUGAUAUGUGGAAGCACCUGAGUAGCAAUAACAUCAUGCCUUUCAACCUGUAUAUGUUCAAAAACAAUAAUCCCAUUAGCAACUCUCAGGAUAUCAAAUGCUACAUGACAGAUGUCAACAGUUGGCUACUCACCUUUGGGUUCCAGCUACACAAUGUCAUCCCUGGGUACCCCAAGCCAGAUAUGGAUGCCAUGGAGCCAUCAUAUGAGCUUAUCCACACACAGAUGAAAACCCAAGAAUGGGACAACAGCAAGUCAAUUUUAGGGGUCCAGUGUGAAGUGCAGAAGCAGCUGAAGGCCUUUGUCACCCUUGAGCGCUUUGAACGGAUCUACAGCUCCAGCAUUGCUGGGUGCCAGCAGGUCAAGAAGAACAAGAACUUCGCCUCUGGUGGCUCUAUCUUCGGCAAAGGCGUCAAGUUUGCCAUGAAGGACGGGCGCGUGGCCACCGACAUCAUCAGUGUGGCCAAUGAGGACGGACGGAGGAUCGCAGCCAUCUUGAACAAUGCCCACUACCUAGAGAACUUGCACUUCACCAUCGACGGGGUGGACACGCACUACUUCAUCAAGCAGGGCCCGUCAGAGGGCGACUUGUCCAUCUUAGGCCUCAGUGGCGGGCGGAGGACCCUGGAGAAUGGUGUCAACGUCACGGUGUCCCAGAUCAACACAGUGCUGGGUGGAAGGACUAGACGUUACACAGACAUCCAGCUGCAGUAUGGCGCGCUGUGUCUGAACACUCGCUACGGGACCACUUUGGACGAGGAGAAGGCCCGCGUCCUGGAGCUGGCCCGGCAGCGCGCCGUGGCCCAAGCUUGGGCCCGGGAACAGCAAAGACUGAGGGAUGGGGAGGAGGGGAUUCGCUCGUGGACAGAAGGGGAGAAGCAACAAGUGCUAAACACAGGCCGGGUACAGGGCUACGACGGCUAUUUUGUGAUCUCUGUGGAGCAAUAUCCAGAAUUAGCAGACAGCGCCAACAAUAUACACUUCAUGAGACAGAGUGAAAUGGGCAGAAGGUGACAGAGAGGGUCGAUACGGUGACUUCUUGCCAAAGACAGCUACUCUUUUGUGGCCACUUACCUGACUGUGUUGUACUCAAUCCUUUUUCUAAACUGAACAAGGUUGGGGGGGGAGGGAGGAAAAUUAGAAAGAGAAGGAAUAAUACGGUUGCACUGUAACUCCUGCAACGUAACUUUUUUUCCCCUUUAAUUUGGCCUUCACACGUUUUUUGCAAAGAACAGAAGGAAUAUUUUGCCGUAGUGUGAUCACAGUGAAAUUUACUGUCUCUUGUCCUUUUUAUUUUUCCCCUUUGUGAGGAAUUUGAAGUGGGGAGUCGUCAGAGUACGUCCUUAGGUGUGAAGUGAGAAAUGGGUGUCUGUGCUAACUUGUGUCAUCCUAACCCUUUCUGAUCUGGGUCAGGGACAGAUAGCCUUCCACCCAAAACGUGGGGAGCCCACAGCGUGCUGGAGAGCUCUUCCUGAGAAGAAAGGAAAAGGAAGAUGACACUGAUUCCUGAACUCUGAAAGCGACCGUCUGAAUCAUGUGCCUCAAAAGAGACGUUACAAGUAGUUUUCACGUUUCACUUGGGACUUAAAAGUGUUUUUUGGGGGCUCCUGCUGAGCAGAAGUAGAUUAUAGAGGCGAAGGAGCUGAUUAUAUUAACUUGCAAGAUGAUUCUCUUCCUUCCUGAACUGGAAUAAAAAAAGAAAAAAAAAUCAGUCUUUUUUUUAUUAUGAGAGUAGAUACUUUUUUGUUUGUUUUUGUGUGUGUGUGCAGAUCCUGGUUUUAGUUAAAACCUAGCAAAAGCCAAGAAAGGGACUCCUGCUCUAUUGAGAAAAGCUAAAAUAAAUCCUCUCUCAUACGUAGAGCUGUUCUAUAGGUGGAUUUAAUGCACCCAUGUUGUACAUUUGCUAAUGGCAUUACUUCAUUAAAUGUAUAGUGUUUCAGUACAUGAGGCUACGUGUUUAACAGUCCACUGUGCUGUAUCUGAUAAAAAACCGGUUAAUUUUUAGGAAGCUGAUUUGAAUUUAAAAGUAGUUAUAGUAUCCCAGUGACAUACCACUGAAAAUUAGAGCAAGCCAAACCCUGACUUUCCUGAUUCUGGAUUCCUGUAUUUAUUGGAUGGGAAAUGCAGUUUUAAGUAGCAUGCUGGCAAGUAAUUUGUGACUAUGGCAGAUAAAUGUCUCUGGGGGACUUUGGCAGCAGGGAUUUUAAAAUGGUUAAUAAGCAGCAACAGCUUGUGCUUGGUGGGACAAGAAAGGGAAUACUGGAGUCAACCCUCUCACUGUUUCUUAGAGGAGACUAAGUUUAAUGGAGAGCCCAGUUGACUGUUAGCAGUGAAGAGGGGGAAAUUUGGAUGGAAAUGCCCACUACAGAGGGGACCAAGUGCUUUAAUAAGAAACUGCUGACAGAGUUACUCGGCAUGCUAAUGUAAUUUGCAUUCUCAUAACCUUUAUGCUCUAGUAUUUGCAAGAGUCCUUGAAAUUCAAGGGAACAAGGAGAUGAGCCGAGCAUCCUCUUCCCUGCCUGCAGCAGCCCCAUGGUAGCCAGGGGCCAUUCCUGCAGGCAGAGGAACUGCCCAUCUCUCACUGGGGCUCCGGCUGGAGGUGACCAACCCUGGUCCUGAGCAGGCAUCUCCAUCACAUUGACACGUGUGUAUCUCAACUCUGAGAGCUCUCAUUGUGCCUCUCUGAGAACAUCUCAAGGCUGAUUUCUUUAUUUUUCUCCAUCCAUUUUGUUUUCUUCUCAGAGCCACCACAACUGACAUCCUCAACCGAGCCUGAUACUUCUCCACAGGCUCCAAGAUAAUGCAUAUUGGGCAUGCACUGAGAUGUGGGCAACCUCAGUGCAGUCCCAGUUUCCCUGUCAAUGCUGGCUGACAGCUCCAGCUGCCCUGCCUCUCUGUUCCUGAGCACUUGCCAGGAGGAAGGUGAUGGGAUGGAAAUUCCCCCAACAGACUAUUCCUCUGGUCUGAGGAAAAAAGAGGUCUGAGUGUGAAAAUUUCCCACUGGGACACUGCCAGCCCAAGAUGGCACCUCUACAGCCUUACAGACUCUUCAGGUUAUUACAGGAGGUAAUGUCUUUGAGGAGCUCACCCAUUUUUUGAGCAUCUCACAGUCCCACCCACUAUGGUUCAGGCAGCACAGGCUGCAUUUCUUUGCAUGCCCAAGCUCUUACGACCUGCACCCUGUAUGAAACUAUGGACAUGUAAAAAAAGGGGGAAAAAAUACAUAUAUAUAUUUGUAUACGUAUAUAUGUGAUGGAUGGCUCUUCAGUGAUGAAUACAAACCUAUAUGAAGAUGUCUACUGGGCAGAAUUAUAAGUGUUCCUGAUAGAGCAGGGGCUGGGCCAAAGAACCCAGAGGCGUCUGCCAACCUUGUGGUGAUAAUGCGAUUCUGUUUCUGAAACUUUGUCCUCUGUGAAACCUUCAAUAUUUUCCCUCUACUUAUGAGGUGAAACUAGAAACAAACAUUUUCAAUCUCUUAGCCCUAGAUUUUUCCCUUUUGUUAAUGAAAAGUGCUUUUUCUACAGGACUCCACUGCUUUUUGAUGGAACUUAAAGGAGGAAGCUAUAACAUAAUAACUGCUGAGCCAGACUCUACUGAGAAAGGUCCUUAGUGCUGUCACCAAGCAUUUCCAUUUAACUCUUGGCCAUGUAGCCCAUGUGCAACCCCAUUUGCCUCCCUGCAGGACCACAUCAUGGCUGCCCAACCCUUCUUGUUUUGCUUACGGGCAGGGGAUGCUUCACUUCUGGAAGGCUUUGGACGCCAGUCCCAUUGAGCUAAGCCCCAUGUCCCAUGGCUUCUGCACUCCAUGCACUUCUGAAAGCCAGUCAAGUGCAUGACUAUUGCUACAGAGAAUCACAGAACAUCAUUUUGGCCUUAUAUGCAUUUAUGGCUUGACUUGGAGAUUUCCAAAAAGAAGAACCACUUCAAAAUGCAAAGGAUUGGAUUGAAUUACUUCAAAUUCUGGAAAUGUCUUCGUAUUGAAGAGCCGUGUGAAGGGAUGGGACCAAAGCUGGAAGAGCAAUUCCAAUAUCCCAUACUAGUCAGUCCUGAUACAAGCAGCAGGUGAAGGCUGAUGGCUGCAACCCUCCAUAGCCACUGCUGCUAUCAAAAUGAGCUUCAUUUGGAGAUGUGCUGGUGAUGGGAUCAACUGGAUCUAGACACAAGUUGGUGCCAUAAUGGCUCUAUCUCUGUGAUACAUCCUGCAUGCUCAACCUGGACAGAAUGAAUCUAAUUUAACAUUGCAAGAACUGGCACAGUAUUUGUUUUCUCUGAGCUCUUUUUUUUUUUUUUUUUAGUUUAAUUUUAUUUUUGUCCUUUGCAAUUGAAGAUUAGAGCUUGGAAAAAUCAUUAAUCAGUGGUGACCAGAGGGAAUCACGCAGCUCGUCGUAUCUGUGUCAUCACAGAUAUUGAUAGAGCCACCACAAAAAUGAGACAACAAAUCUAAAUGAUAACAGGCAGGAGCUAACAAGAUAAAGGUCAAUACAAGCCUGAUGCUUGAUUUGGGUUUAAAGACACAGAAUGGGAGCCAACCCCAGGACCCGUCUGGCUGCAGGUUGGAAGCAGUGAGGGAUUUCUGUCAUCUAUCUGUAGUUGCUUUAUUGAGUUUAGGGAACCGGGUGCGAUUCAACUCUGUCUGUUAUACAGAGAGUGUAACCAGAAUAAAUCAACGUGGUUAAAAAAAAAAAUAAAAAAAUCUAAUGAAGUACUUUUUCAGCUGUGACUUGUAAGUGUCACCGUGAUAGAUGGCAGUGCAAUCCAUUAUGCAAAGACAAGGCUCUUAACAUGAAAUUUUAGAAUUCAAUUUUACGAUUUACAGAGAGGGCCCCCCUCAUAUUUACGGCGCAGAAGCCUGUUUGGAUCUGCUCUUGGUGUAAUUGAAACCAGGGCUGUGGGUCUCGGCUGCUCACUCUGCCACUUUUUAAACAGGGAGGAGAAAUAAGUACCCAUAAUGUUAAUAAUGGAGCAAAAAAGAUGGCUUUGCUGUUAAACCUUUUCUCCUGUAUCUCCCCUUACUGGUGGCAAAGGGCUGCAUGUCCAAUGGGAACGGGAAUGUACUGGGGUUGGGUUUGGCGGGAUGAAUCCAGCAUCCUCCAUCCUACAGCAUCAACAUCCUUCAGGAGACACCUUUGAGCAUUUCUCUCUUAAAAUCACUCUUUUUUUCUCCAUCGCUAAAUACAUGGUUAUUUGAACUCCCUUGUAAUACAGAAAGAUUCCGAGUUUUGUCAAACAAUAAAACAGAUACAUCUAUAAAUUUUAAUAAUCUCUUCAGUUCAAUACAAUUACUUGUGACUUCAGAGUGAAUUUCCAUCAGCUUCUGGGGGACAGGAGCCCUGUGUUUCUCCCAGGCAUCGUGCAGUGUGCACAAUGCAGUAUCCCCCAAACCAUCCCACCAAAGGGAAUCCUUCUGCAUCUCUUUGCUGCUUUCCUAUUUUUAGUGCAAAACUUGGUGUUCCUGGCAAAUUAUUGUAUGGCUCAACUCUUAACUCCCAUUCUAGGGGCCCUGAAAACCAUGAGUGAAAAUUAACUUAUAUAUAUAUAUAUAUAUACAUAUGUGUAUGUAUAUAUACACACAUAUACAUGUGUGGGGUUUUUUUUCCUCAGAGUUUAAAACCACUCAAGCAAACAACAGAACUUUCCAAAAACUAUUAGAACUUCUUGACAAUUUGUGGAUAUUGCUGAAAUAACCAAUCAAAGAAACACACUUUCCUAUUAAAAGAGAUUAAUUCUGUGCAAGGACUUCUAAUGCAGCUGCAUCUGAGAUGAGGACUUUGUGUCAAUGCUGCAUCUACAAGCCCAGCGCUGGAGACUCUUGCCAUUAUCCCGUGUAAUAAUUUUCCUGAAGUUUGGAACUUAUUUUUUGAGAAAUUUCUUUUUCUCGACACAUUGCGUUUCUAAUGCUGUAUUCUUGACUGUGUAAAUACGACCAGGCUGUAAAUAAGUGCAGAUGUAGAUACCUUCUAGGAAAAACAAAACAUCCAACAAAAAAAUAAUGAACAGACAGAAGUGACCGUGUGUAGCCUUCAGUGACAAAUAAAAGACUAUUUUGUGUUUAAA